AUGAGGAGCCUCGACGGGGUCGGUGGUGACGACGCGAUAACGCGAGUCUCCCUGGAGGCGUCGGUGUCGAGCAAGACGACGCGAUCGCUCGUCCUUUCCAACCGACGUCGUUGGCCGUCAUCGUCGUCCAAUGGCGCGAAACCCAAGUCGCGUCGAGGAAUUUAUAUACGCCAUUCCGUAUGCGACCCAUCCAGCUUGGGCGCGUAUGGCCUGCGACGACCCACCUUCACUGGGCGUAACACCAGAGAAGCCAUUAAUCUCAAAGUGAUCGAAGAUGGAUUCCUCAUUGCUCUGGUGUUCUAUAAGAUCUACAAGAAGCUCAUCGGCUGGUUACCGAAGUCGCGGAGGAGGCACCGCCAGAAGAUGCGACAUGUACCCAUGAAGUACGAUCGUCUCGAUGCCAGCGUUGCUUCGUCGUAUUCACUGGACGCGAGCCUCUCAAGAAUAGCUGUACCUUCGUACAAUUCAUCAGGCUUCCGGUGUAUCCAACUUCUACGCGUGCGUUUGUCGGUUUCCAAGUUCUUCCUCGCAACGGUACUCUUGCCCUUGAGUGCCUUCGUAUUUUGUGUCGCGUGGUCUUUGUGGUUUCAUUUUCGCGAUGUGACUUAUACACAUUGCCGCGUUCCGAAUUACCUGCCUUCGAUCUCAGCUGCCAUCGGGACUUACUCUCCGCAAAAUAUCGUCUGGAAAUCAGCCAUAGCGGCUCAUUUUCCUGGACGCCUGUUAGCCCUGAGCUAUUACUGGCGAUGGUAUUCCAAGGUUCUUCAUUCCGCGUACGCGCCAUUGUCCAAACUAGCUUGCAUUCUGCACAUCGUUGAAAAUGUUUCACUCGUCGGCCUCUCCUUCUUCAACUCAGCUCUUUCAUUUAGUGAGUUUCUCGCUUCCAUUCGUGCACUUCUUUUUGGCCUGCUGUUCCGAGAAUAUUGGAACGGAUUGCAUUGCGAACGAUUCGUUCUUCCGUAUUCGUGA